AGUGCAUCAUCUGACUUUCUAAGAAAUAGUUGGAUUUUUGAUAGAUUAGUGAAUUGAUGUAUCAAACAUUUGUGAAAAUGAAAAUUCUCUCGUGAGUGUUCUCACUCCAAAAUUUGGUUCAGUUCUGUUUCAAGUGGAAUCUGACGCAGCCCAAAAUGUCUCGUGACAAGUGGAUUCACUAACCAACUAUUUUGGGCCAGCGAGCCACCUAGGAAUUCUUUAUUUCUCGCUUGGGGGUUCAGAAAAGAUUUAAAGGAUUAGGUUUCCUAGGAGAAGAGAAAGCGAAAGAAAGCUGCAGUGGUUGGUGAAUGGUGUUGCAGAUAGACUCGGUGUGGGGCUGGGCGUCACCCCCGCUGCGCCUCCAGCUAGUCGGGGGGACUCGAGGAGCUUCGGGGAGCGCGGGUAUCGGUGCCCAAUCCUCCCAGAGGAUGGGCGAGAUGGUCGUGGAUCGCGCUCCCUCACCAGCACGCCUCAGUCACACCUCCGAGAAACAUCCCCGAGCCACCCUUACUGAGCUCAACGCUCUGCGCCGUCAUCGGGAGCUCUGCGAUGUCGUCCUCAAUGUCGGUUCCAGGAAAAUUCUCGCUCACCGCGUCAUUCUCUCUGCAUGCAGUCCUUAUUUUAGAGCAAUGUUCACCGGGGAAUUGGCUGAAUCCCGUCAGACUGAAGUCACAAUUCGUGACAUAGACGAAGUGGCGAUGGAACUUCUCAUCGACUUCUGUUACACAUCCCACAUAAUCGUCGAAGAAGCCAAUGUCCAGACACUUCUUCCUGCCGCAUGUCUUCUUCAGCUGGCCGAAAUUCAAGAUAUUUGCUGCGAGUUCCUCAAACGGCAGCUGGACCCCUCGAAUUGUCUUGGAAUUCGAGCGUUUGCUGACACGCAUUCGUGUCGAGAACUCUUGAGAAUAGCCGACAAAUUCACACAACACAAUUUUCAAGAAGUAAUGGAAAGUGAAGAAUUCCUCCUGUUGCCCGUUGGCCAAUUGGUAGACAUCAUCUCCUCAGACGAACUGAACGUCCGGACUGAAGAGCAAGUCUUCAACGCGGUCAUGAAUUGGGUCAAGUACAACGUCACAGAAAGACGUCAGCAUCUGGCUCAAGUUCUCCAGCACGUGCGACUGCCUCUCCUGAGUCCAAAAUUCCUCGUGGGGACUGUUGGAUCGGAUCUGCUGGUUAGGUCCGAUGAUGCCUGCAGAGAUCUGGUAGACGAGGCGAAGAAUUAUUUACUCUUGCCUCAAGAAAGACCGUUGAUGCAGGGUCCUAGAACGAGACCGAGGAAACCCACGAGAAGGGGUGAAGUUUUGUUUGCAGUUGGAGGAUGGUGUUCCGGGGACGCGAUCGCGAGUGUGGAGAGAUUCGAUCCUAAUACGGCGGAUUGGAAGAUGGUUGCACCUAUGAGUAAAAGAAGAUGUGGAGUAGGAGUGGCGGUUUUGAACGAUUUGUUGUAUGCAGUUGGUGGACAUGAUGGGCAGAGUUAUUUAAAUAGUAUAGAAAGGUACGAUCCGCAGACGAAUCAGUGGUCAUGUGAUGUUGCGCCGACGACGUCUUGCCGAACGAGUGUCGGUGUUGCGGUAUUGGAUGGAUUCCUUUACGCUGUUGGCGGACAAGAUGGGGUUCAGUGUCUGAAUCAUGUUGAGAGGUACGAUCCGAAGGAGAACAAAUGGUCGAAAGUUUCGCCGAUGACGACAAGAAGACUCGGCGUGGCUGUUGCAGUCUUGGGUGGUUAUUUGUACGCAAUCGGUGGUUCGGAUGGCCAGUCGCCUUUGAACACCGUCGAGAGAUACGACCCAAGACAGAACAAAUGGUCCCAAGUGUCUCCCAUGUCCACGAGACGCAAACAUCUAGGCUGUGCUGUAUUUAAUAAUUUAAUAUAUGCCGUUGGAGGCAGAGACGACUGCAUGGAGCUCUCGAGCGCCGAACGCUACAAUCCUCACACCAAUUCCUGGAGUCCGAUUGUCGCCAUGACUUCUAGGAGAAGUGGAGUCGGCUUGGCGGUUGUGAAUGGUCAACUCUACGCAGUCGGAGGUUUCGAUGGGACCGCCUACUUGAAAACAAUCGAGGUUUAUGACCCAGAGCAAAACCAGUGGCGAUUGUGUGGCUGUAUGAAUUACAGAAGACUCGGUGGUGGCGUGGGAGUGAUGAGAGCACCGCAAACUGAAAACUACAUUUGGUAGCUCAGGCCCCCCUCUUCAGUCACCUCGACUGAAUCUCCAGUAACUCCAGUGACUCCGGUGACACCCGUCACACCUUCUGCACCCGCGUCAGCUGCAAUAGUCACUGCAAGCACUAGAAAGCGAUACCGCCGCUCGAUGAGCAUAAUAUAAUUAUCGAAAGCAUUUUUUUAUGGAAUUUGCCUUUCUCAAAUCAUGACACGAUUAAUGCAAAAAGCCAGCUACUCCUGCCUUAUUAUUAUUAUUAUUAUUAUUAUUAUUAUUAUUUUGUUGUUGUAUUUUAGAGCCUUUGUUAUCUCUAUUUUACACAGAACUAUCUGAUUCAGCGCUCCUAAUUUUGUCUUUUUAAUCAAAUGUGUGCUUCCUUUUAAUAUCUAUAUUUCUGCUUAUAUUUUGAAGAUUGAAACAUUAGGGAACAAGACGAACUUCCACUUUAUUUGAAGUUUGAUUUCCAUUUUUGAUAUUAUGAAUGAAAGGCAAGGAUUUCUGAGAGGCUUGGCAGCUAAAAAUUAGUCAAGUAAUGUGUACAGCUUCCAUUCGUCGGAGAACGAACUAACUUUACUGAUUAAGUAUAUAAUUUAUUAAUCACGAAGAUAUUUUUCGUCUAGGAACGAAAUCUUGAUCGUGCUUGGAUCAAAUUUUUUGUUUGCGAUAUUCAAUGUAUUGCUUCUAGUUUAAUUUCUAUGUGGGGGCGAUUUGCACUUAAAAAUAGUGCGGAGAAAAUUCAGACUCGUUAAAGAAAGAAAAAAAUCUUUACUUGGAACAUUAAAAUACGAUUCUUUAAUUGCAGACUUUCAAGUACUAUUUUUCUCGUCUGCAUUUCUAAAUAAUUUCAUUAAUUAAAUCUAUCCCUCAGUUUAGGAGAACUUAGGUCAAUACCUGAGAAGAUAUUAUAUAAAUAACUUGUAAUAAUUCGAGUUUGUAAUUAAAGAAGAAAACAAUGUUAUUAGAUAACAAAAAAUAUGACUGGAAAAUAAGAAUAUGGUAUGUUAUGACAUUGUUGGAAGUAAAAGUAAUUUUCUCUGUAAAGUGAAAUCUUUUGUUAAGCUUUAAAAGAUUAAAUUCGUAAGAGUUGUAUUUGUUUUUGUACCAUACGAUGCUUGUUAUAAUAAUAUAACAGCUGUGGAAAUAAUGAAAUUGUCUACGAUUUAAAAUCAGUUUCAAUCAUUGUCAUGCACUUUAGAACAAAUUUUCGAUGCAGGAUCUCUGAAAGUCGUUAUAAAUCCUAUUUUUAUAAAUAUAUUUUAUCAAUCAUCGAAUAAGGGUUAUAUAUUUUUCUUAAUCUUAAUAUUUAUUUUACAAAAAUGAACUAAUUUAUCAGGUAAUUUAAUUGAUAAGCCAAAGUCAACUUCCAAAAUUGUUCUCGUUUAGAUGAAUUGUAAAGAAAACAAUUUGAAGUCAAUUAAGGAACAUUUUGGUCUGUCAAUAUGAUAUUAACUAAUUGCAUUUAAUUUGCAAUAUAUCUAUCGAUUUACCCCAACAUUGCCAAAUAUUUUUUCUCUCAAAUCUUGUAGACAUUUGCCCUCCAAUUUAUUUGCGCAUUGUAAGUCGUUAAAUACACGUGAACUGAGAAACUCGCGAAGCUCUUUCUAUUUUCACACGUGCAGUGCUCAUGUUAUAAUUCUUAAGUUUUAUAUUUAUGAAAUCGAAUUGUAAAUGUACCAUUGAUUUUGUAUGUAUAUAUUGAAAUUGUGAAAAUGUUGAGGAAAAAA